AUGAGCCGCAUCGGGCACAUCGAGUCUUUCGACGAUACGACGAGCGACUGGCGCUCCUAUGAAGAAAGACUGGCGUCGUACCUCCUGGUAAACGAGGUUCCCGAAGGUAAGAAGGUCCAUGCCUUCUUGAGUCUCAUCGGUCCGAAGACGUACGCUUUGUUGAAGUCGCUUACGGCCCCGCAGUCACCGUCCGAAAAGUCGUUUACCGUGUUACUCAAGCUUCUGGGCGAUCAUCUUGCGCCGCAGCCAUCCGUCAUAGCGGAAAGGGCGAAGUUCUACAGGCGUUCGCAAGAAGAAAGUGAGUCCAUCGCCGAAUUCGUAGCGGUACUUCGAGAUCUAGCACAGAGCUGCGAUUUUGGAGGCUUUCUUGAUGAGGCGCUACGCGACCGUUUUGUGUGCGGCCUUCGCCGAGAAGAUGUGCAGCGCGUCCUCUUCACAGAAGACAAAAAGCUGACUUUCCAGAAAGCCGUAGAGAGGGCUCUUGCGAUGGAAAUAGCAACUAAAAGUGCAGCGUUAACGCACACCAGCGGUGCAUCGGUCCCUGACGUCCACAAGGUUCGGGUCGACCACAAAGCGCGGAUCGACAAGCAAGUACCAGAGCAGUCAAGUUGUUUCCGUUGUGGCUCGACCAACCACCGCAGUGAUGCGUGCCCCCACGUCGGUGACACAUGUUUCAAGUGCAACCGGAAAGGGCACAUUCAGCGCGCCUGCCGUUCGGGUAACAAGAAGCCGACAAAAUCGAAACGACAAAGGCAGGUGAAAACGCUGACGUCCGUUCACGACGCGGUAUCUCUGCAGGCGGUCAAGGCUGCGAGGUCUGGACGAACUGUUGAUGUCCUACUCUUCCCCCAACGGAAGGCUUAA